AUGUACAGAAAGAACUCACGGAUUCUUCGGAGGUUGAGCAGACUGUACGACUGGCAAAUGGAUGAGUACGGCGGCUUACGUCCUGUAAUUGAAUCAAUUAACGGAAAGCAAGAACAACUACAGUAUCCUCAUUAUCACCAGUCAGCAUUCUCAGCGGGUGAUAAGAUGAAACGCCAACAAAAUUGCGCCAAUGAUUCAUUCAUUCUAGAAACUAUUCUCAAAAAAUAUAAUCGCCAUAAAAUUCCAGGAGAUUCGGUGAUUGUUCAGGUCGAGGUUUGGGUACAAGAGAUUACAACAAUUAGCGAUAUCACUUCCGAUUUUCAAUUGGAUAUUUACAUUAGUGAGAUGUGGUUGGAUCCCGCUUUGGAUUAUUCCUGGAUGCAGCCCUGUAAAUAUAAUUUAUCGCUGAACAGCGUUUUGUUGGAGAGGCUUUGGACUCCUAAUUCAUGUUUCAUCAAUUCGAAAACUGCCGAUAUACAUCGAAGCCCGUUUCCGAACAUUUUUUAA